GAAUGCCGUGAUCAUGACACAAAUUGCCGGGACUGGGUAGCGGCGUCGGCGAAAAGUUGCACAUCUACCGAUUACAUUCAGAGGAGUUGCCGGAAAUCGUGCGGUUUUUGUGGACCACCUGAGAAAAAGUACGAUCUACGACGGCUACCUCAGCACUUACAGCCAUUGGCCUUCUUGGUAGGCAAGUGGCGAUCAGAACACGGUGGGAAGGCCAUUUUUCCGACGAUACCUAAAUUCACUUACGGAGAAGAAGUCGACAUCAGCAUACCCGACGACGCACUCCAGGCGCUGAAAGCCCUCAAUUACACAGCUUUCGCUUGGUCAAUAAAUGAAAAAGAUGAAUUGCACAGCGAGUCCGGAUAUAUCUCCAUUAAACCGAAUACAAACGAUGCAGCUCUCACAACUGUUAUGAACAAUGGAUUCGUGACAGUGGAGGAGGGACCAGUAAAAGGAUCACAAAUCAAGUUCCGACUGAAGGACGUUGGACGGAUCAGCUUCAGUCGUGAUUUGCCUGUGCAUGAUCUCAUCAGAGAAUGGACGUUGUUGGACAAGAAUACGUUACAAGCCCGGCUUAAUAUGGAGACCUUGACGCACGGCAUGCAGGAACACACGUUUAUUCGAUAUCACAAAAUCGCUCCUUAG